CUUCCGUGUUUUUUUACUAUGGAGAGGGACGCUGACCAGCAUGCCGUUUAGCUCCAUCUCCAAGCAGAAGCCACUGUCCGUCUCGCUAAGAUUCUCAUUAUCUGCGAUAAGAUUCUCAUUAUAAAAUGAGUUCCUCCACGCAGAAGAGGGUAUACGCAAAGUUGCCCGUUUGCAUAGUUGAGGAUCAUAACGACGUGGUGAGUCACAUCUAUCGUGCGAUAGCAUCAAAACACCUUCCGAUGAGGAACAUCAAGAUGAUCCAUUUAGACUCCCAUCCCGAUCUGCUUAUCCCUGUCAACAUGUCUGCUGACGUCGUCUUUGACAAGGACUCUUUAAUUGACCAGCUGAGUAUAGAGAACUGGAUCAUGCCCAUGGUCUAUGCAGACCAUGUGUCCUCUGUGGCCUGGCUUCACCCUCCCUGGGCCCAGCAGAUCCAAGAAGGAGAGCACCGUAUGGCCGUGGGAAAGGAUUCCUCCACCACCACCAUCAGGGUGACCAGCAAGGACGACUACUUCCUGAGCGACGGUCUGUACGUUCCCGAGGAGCAGCUGGAGAACCCCAAGGCCCUGACGCUGAACGUGGUGCUGGUCAACCCCGCGCCGAGGAGCCACGCGGCGCACACAGAGACGGACGCACUGCGUUGGCAACCCAAGAAACCCCGGUCGGACAGCCAGGGAACAGACUGCCCUUUUCCUCCGGGGUCCUCCGGCUUGGACUGCGCUGCCGUGUUACAGCCAGCAGGGGGCGACAGCGGACCAGCUGAUAAAGGAUCACCUGGCUAUGUCGUCAACACAUUGUUGUCCGUGGUCAAGGAGACGGAUCCGUACAUACUGGAUGUUGAUCUGGAUUUUUUCUCCUGUAAGAAUCCUUUCAAAGAGCUGUACACACAGGAGGAGUACGCCAUCCUCCAGCAGCUGUACGGGUUCAGGAGACCCAGCGCCACGGCCAGUGAGGAGGCGAUCGGUGAGUGUGUGGAGCUCCGGGUCCAUCAGCUGGAGGACCUGGAGGCGGCGUUCGCUGACCUGCUGGAGGACGACGCCCACGAGACGGUGCUGCGCUGGGCCGCCAACCCCGGCAUGGCUCCCCUCGCCCAGCUGGUGUCCAGUCUGAAGGCCAGAGACCAGUCUCCAGAUUACGAGAUGGUGCAUCAGGCCGGCCUUACCUGUGACUACUCUGAGCUGCCUCACCACAUCAGCACCGAUGAGGAGAUCGACGGACUGCUGCUGGCCGUUGAACAGAUUCUCACGGCCCUGCCUAAACCAACACUGGUAACCAUGUCCAGAUCCAGUCUAGACGAGUACUGCCCCGUGGAGCAGGUGGACUCCAUCCAGAACAAGGUGCUGUCCGUCCUGGAGGGGCUGUACGGACAGCUGGAGGUCCGACAGACCUACGACAGCCCCCCGGUGGACACACAGGAAGGCCAGCUGGCCAUCUUGUGAUGCUAGCACACGCACACACACCAGUGUACAAACCCCAUGUAUUCAACACAUGUAUUGAAGAAGCAGAUGUAUAGAUCACAUUUAAGUCAAUGUUUGUUUAAGUAAAAAGUAUUAUCUUUGUGUACAGUUUGUCGUUGUGUACUGUCAUUUUGUUUGAGCUCAUUUUCUCGAGGUUGAAUUUUCCAACCUGCAUCUUUUCUAGAACUGCAUCAUGUAUAAUGCUGGUAGACUAAUAAACAAUGUUCGUCGUUUGUGUUUUUAUCAUAAAACUGAAGCUUUCUUUGAGUUUCCUGUUGCUGUUUCCUUCACCCUAACUGUCAACCGCCUCCAGACACAAGAUUGUUCACAACGCAUAAUGAAGUGAAAGCAAAAAUAAAUCCAGUCUCACUACACACUAGCCUGACAGUCGUCACCGUUGACAGCAGUACUGCCCAAUAUGCAAGAAGGAGCACUGAAACAGAGUAAGUUACAAUGGUCAUGGUCAACCCUGAUACGAUAAUAGAACCCUGUUUAAUAUUAUCUACUCCAAAGACACGUCUCAACUCCCUGUCAUCUCUCUGGAUGCUGAAAAAGCCUUUGAUAGAGUUGAGUGGGAAUACCUUUUCACUGUUCUGAAAAACGGUGAACAUCAAAAAUACCAGGUAUGAAUAUUUCAAUUCAGCUCGUGGGGCUGUCCACUUUCUCCCUUGCUUUUUGCCAUUGCUCUCCGUAGCUGUGAGGAUUCCAACCUCAUUCCUGGGGAAAACGCACAUGGGUGUUUAACAUAGGCUUGCGUUGCAUGUGGAUGAUUUGCUUUUGUACAUCACUGACCCUCUUUCUCAACUACCCAACAUUCUGUCGAUUUCACAAAACGUUGGCUCCUUUUCUGGGAACAAGCUGAAUCAAUAAAAGAGAAAGUCUCCCUAUAAACUCAAAUGCUCUCCUGCUU